CCUAUGUUCUCCAACGCAAGGGUUGGCUUCUUUUCCGACGGAAGUGCUUUAGAGGUUGUUGUCGCGGUGCUUCCUUUUCCGGGUCCCGGGGAGCAGUGAGUGAGGUCGGGAGUAGCGGCGGCCUCCUCCUGUGGGCGGCGGGUGCCAUGGCGGAGCUGGUGCAAGGACAGAACGCGGCUCCUGUAGGGAUAAAGGCCGAGGGAUUCGCCGACGCGCUGCACCGGGUCCGACAGAUAGCUGCUAAAAUUGAUGGAAUCCCUCACUUGAAUAAUUCCGGACCCUUAGUGGACGCAUCUUUGUAUGGUUAUGGAGUCCAAAAGAGACCCAUGGAUGAUCCUGUUGGUAACCAGUUAGGGGCCCUUGUACAUCAAAGGGCUGUGAUGACCGAAGAAUAUAAAGUGCCUGACAAGAUGGUGGGAUUCAUUAUUGGACGAGGUGGAGAGCAGAUCUCGCGGAUCCAGACAGAAUCUGGUUGCAAGAUACAGAUAGCUCCAGACAGCGGAGGUAUGCCAGACAGACCUUGUGUCCUGACCGGGACACCGGAAAGCAUAGAUCAGGCGAAGAGGCUCCUGGGUCAGAUUGUGGAUCGUUGUCGGAAUGGGCCAGGGUUUCACAAUGACAUGGACAGCAACAGCACAGUCCAAGAGAUCCUCAUCCCUGCUUCAAAAGUGGGCCUGGUCAUCGGCAAAGGAGGGGAAACCAUCAAGCAGCUGCAGGAGAGGACUGGGGUUAAAAUGAUCAUGAUCCAAGAUGGGCCUUUACCAACGGGAGCAGACAAGCCUCUGAGGAUAACGGGUGACCCUUUCAAAGUGCAGCAAGCAAGAGAUCUGGUCCUGGAGAUCAUCCGAGAAAAAGACCAGGCUGACUUCAGAGGCAUCCGCAGCGAUUUCAGCUCGAGGAUUGGUGGAGGUAGCGUAGAGGUGUCUGUGCCUAGGUUCGCUGUGGGAAUCAUAAUCGGAAGAAAUGGUGAAAUGAUCAAAAAGAUUCAGAAUGACGCUGGAGUGAGGAUUCAGUUCAAGCCAGAUGAUGGGAUCAGCCCUGAGCGAGCGGCACAGAUAAUGGGCCUCCCUGACCGGUGUCAGCAUGCUGCUCAUAUCAUCAACGAACUUAUUCUUACAGCACAGGAACGUGACGGAUUUGGAGGUCUCUCACUGGCACGGGGAAGGGGGCGGAGUCGCGGUGAUUGGAGCAUCAGUACGCCAGGAAGCAUGCAAGAAAUCACAUACACUGUGCCAGCUGACAAAUGCGGACUGGUGAUUGGCAAAGGCGGUGAAAAUAUCAAAAAUAUAAACCAGCAGUCAGGGGCUCACGUGGAGCUGCAGAGAAACCCCCCUCCCAUCACAGACCCGGGUGUCCGGAUAUUUACCAUCCGGGGUGUCCCCCAACAGAUCGAGCUGGCUAGGCAUCUCAUUGAUGAGAAAGUUGGGGGUCCUACAAUAGGUGGCCCCAGCAGCUUCGGUCAGAGUGCUUUCAGUCAGGCUCAUGCUACACCUCAUCAAAAUGGUCCUCAAGCUUUUGUAACACCGGGUUGGGGUAGCACUUACCAGGCAUGGCAGCAAACUGCACAGCAGCUCCAAGGUCAGCAAAGCCAGCAGCAAAAUGCACAGCCCGAUUACAGCAAGGCCUGGGAAGAGUAUUACAAGAAGCAGAACCAGGCUGCCAACGCCCCUUCCCAGGCAAGUUCACAACCAGACUAUACAAUGGCAUGGGCGGAGUAUUAUAGGCAACAGGCCGCUUAUUAUGGCCAGUCACUGGGGCAGACUCAAUCCCACAACCAGGAGCAGUAGAACAAUUGUCCAGUUGAUUGCAAGAUUUUUUGGUUGUUUUUUUAAAAAAAAUUUUUCCUUCGUUUUCCUCGGAAUCAAUGCAGAAGAAGAACCUUAAUUUGUAACAGGUCUCUAGAUGUUUUGACGAAGACGUAUGUUUAUAAAACACUAGUCCUAGGGUUAAAUCUUUACUGAACUUUGCUAAGCAUCAGGAUUCUAUAAUAUACUAAAGAGAUCAUUGUACUCGGCGUCUUUUAUUUUGGGAUAAUUUUUUGUUUUUUUGUUUUUCCUACCCUUGAAAAAAAGUGUUAACAUGAAUUCUUUUUUUUUUUUUUUUUUUUUUUUGAAACGGAAUUAAUUUAAAAAAAAAAAAAAUAGAAAAAAAAUCUUCACUUCGUAACCCCCUGCUUCCCCCACGGUGCUGAUAUUGCAACAUAUUUGUCUCAAGUUUUUUUUUGUUUUUUUUUCUGGGCUUAUAUUAUUUUGUGUAGCAUUUUUGUCUUCUUGGACAAUACAGUUUGGAGGUCUUAUCACAAUGAUAAAAAUUAAUUUAAAGAAUUAUGUACACAGCUCCUAAAAAAUUUUUUUUUAAAAAAGUGUAUUUAAAUAUUCUUAACUGUAAAUUCAUUAAGUGUUUUACGUCUAAUUUUUUUUUCUGGUAUUAUGACUGUAUUUGAUUUUAUUGCAUUUUUUUUUUUUUUUUUUUUUCAACGAAAAUCCGUGUUAACAAAUCCUGUUUCAUACGAAUAUUUGAAACUAUUUCUUGAGACAAGUAUUGUGUCGGGUGGGGGGAUAAAAAUGGGACGGGGAGCAGGGUGAUAUUUUGUAGGCUUUGUAUAAUACCUAGGGUUUUGAAGGGUUAAUAUAAAAAAAACAAUGAUUGUUAACCCUUUACCUGCCAGAGAGGCGAUUAACCCAUUGCGGAGUGCGUCAGAUCUCUCUCUGGCAGGGCAUUGGGUGCAUUUUAUAAAGCGAUGUUUAUCAGUUAUUCUGUUGCCUCUGUAUAUCAGACAUCCAAGCUAUAUAAUAACAGGAAAAACGAAAUUUUUUUUUUUUUUUUGUGCUGUCAGAAAUAUAAAUACUAUUAUUUUUAAUAUGAAUAAAUCAAACUGUUAGAAUCUUUAAUGCAAACACUGUGGAACAUUUAACAGUAUGAAGUUUAAAAAAAAAAAAAGAAUCGUAAUAACUAUUUUUUAACUCCAGGGUUUUGUUUUUGUUUUUUUUCCUUUUUGUCUUUGUUUUAAAUAUUUUCUUAUCUAAUUGUCAGAUUUACCAUAGAUGAUAAAUAAAAGCUAUUAACCGCAGUAUGUGCUAAAAAAAAGUUUUUUUUUGAUUUAAUAAAAGGGAAAUGAUUUUGAAUGUUUGUAGUUUUUUUUUCCUUGUACAGAUUUUUUUUUUUUUAAUGAGAAACGGAAUUCAAGCUAAUUUUUUGAGUGUUUUUAAAUUUAAUCCACGGGAACAUUCCGUUUUUUGGGGGGGGGGGGGUUUUCCUCUCCAUAUUGUUUGUUCUUUUUUUCGGGGGUGGGAGGGAAAAUUAUGACUUAUUAUUUUCUUCUAUGCCUAAAAAAUGUUUAACUAUUAAAAUCACGAUUGGAUGAUAUUGAGUAUGUUACAGAGAGAUAUUGUUCAUCUGACAAUUGCAUUUUACACUCUAUAUAAUAAAAAUGCUGCAAGACUUCUUGUGGAUCAAAA